AUGUGCGACUCAACGUUUACGUUUGGGCAGCGGGGCAGCCACUUUUUCCAGUGUCCGUCGGCGCGAGAAUACACCCGCCUCCCCCCCAAACUCUCCCGCCUCCUCCAAUCCACCCAACUCCAGACCAUCCACCACCUAACCCUCGGCUUCGAAGACAGCUUCAUCCUGACCUACCGCUCCACCACCGGCACCUCUCACGUCGAAUCUUCCGGCCCUUUACCCCCGGACCUUCUCUCCUUCAUCCACGCCCCCAACCGCAACGUAGCGCAGCUCCGCUGCUACCUAGGCCCUUACAACUCCUCCUUCUUCACCCACGACUCUUCAAGUUAUCUCUGGCAAAACCUACCCCCAGCGCUACUCUCCGCGCUUGAGAAAAAUAUAAAAGAUGGCAAGUGGCGCGACCGUCCACGCAUCGUCGUGUUAGGCGCGGAUGCGAGUUUCGCUUUAAUCACCGAGAAGAAUGCUGCUGUGUGGGAUUUAACCUGCUACCCCUCCCUCCUUUCCCUCUUACAAGAAAAGAAAGAUACGAGUAGGAUGGGUGAGGUACAUAGUGUAACGCUACAUCCCUACCGCUACUCCUCCUUCCUCCUCCACCUCAAAGACGGAACCCUUCUCUCUGGCAAUAUCCCGCCGCACCAGGUUGCUGGUGUAAAUGCUAUGCUCGAGCCGCUUCGCAAGGAUAGUCAGGAGAAUCAGGCGCUGUGGAUGGCGAGGAGGGACAGUGCGAAGGUAGACAGACCGCAGAGACCGAGUGUGUUGCAGCAGAGGGCGCAGUUGAGGAGGGAGUGGGGAGGAAGGACGAGUGAGGUGUCGGUGCAAGGGAAAGGGGUGAAGUUGAGUUUUAGUCUGAGUGUUAGUUUGGGUGGG